AUGGGAUCAUCAUCAGAUUCACCAGCUCAUUAUAUCCACAUGGUACACCGCUUAAUAGAAGAGUGUAUAGUAUUCAACAUGAGCAAGGAGGAAUGCAUGGAAACUCUCUCCAAGCAUGCAAAUAUCCAACCAAUAAUUACCUCCACAGUUUGGAAGGAACUAGAGAAAGAGAACAAGCAAUUUUUCGAGGCCUACGGGAAAACGCUAAAGACAAGAUCCAAAUCCGAGACUGGGUCCAGUCAAAGCCCAAUAAGCCCAGAAUCGCUAUCGGGGCAGCCUAGGAAAGAUACAGACAUCUGA